AUGAGCGAGCCUUCAACUCGCCACGGCAGCACUGCAGCGCAGGAAGCAAACAUUUCCCAUGAUGCUAAGGCCGAAUCCGACGACGCACUACAAUAUCCCUCCGCGCCUGCACAGAGGAGAGAAGGCGGGGAACAUACAACUGCCUCCGCGACCCAGUGCAAAGUACAGAUAGUUGAUAGCAAGAGCAGCGGCAAGGACGGGACUGUGGGAGUAGCGCCCCCUCUCGGCGAGCACGAGAAGUACCAUGUUUUUUUCUGCUACAGCAGCGCUGAUGCUCCAUGGGUAGAACACAUGGUUCAAAAGCUCGAAUCAGACGAGUACGGCUUCAAGUGUUGUAUCCACGAGCGCGAUUUUAUUCCAGGAGAUUAUAUCAUCAACAACAUUGCGCGUUCCAUCCAAGAGAGUCAAAAGACCGUCUUCGUACUCUCGCGAGAUUUCGUCAACAGCAAGUGGUGCGAGUUUGAACGGCAGUUGGUCAUGAGCGCAAACCUAAGAGAGGAAAACAGAAAGGUCAUCCCCGUCAUGCUUCAGAAGUGUGACAUGCUGCCUGACUUCCUACGGCACAUGACGUAUCUGGAGGAAUGGACGCCUCACUUCUUUAACAGGUUUAUUGGCGCUUUGAAAGGUAUUCAAUUAAAUGAACCUGACAGCAAGCCAGAUGGAUUCUCUACAUUUUCCUAUAACCCAAACUACAUUAACGGCCAGCACGUGUUGAAGAUCGAACCAGAGCGCACGUGGGGUCAUCCGUGUUGCCGGUUCGACGACCAGAUUCUUCACGCUAAGCUGAUGUCAAGGGGACAAAAGGAAUAG